GAGCUUCACUCUUCGCAGGACGAUGCGAUACCGAAUACGGGGACUCAUGCUUGUCCYAACAUACCAUCCCGCCGUGCCGUACCUAUAGAAUACAACAUGGCCUGAAAGUUUUUUACAAGUAGUUGUGUGAACAAUCAAAAGCUGCAAACCAAAACGAUGCAUUGCUUUGUUCGAGCGGCAAACUUAAGUCGACGCAAAGGACGAAGAUGGAGUAUUUGGACGAUGACAACUUUCACGAACUGGACAGAAGUCAGAGAUCAACAGCAACACCAUCAAUGGCAGCACGGGUACAAAACUAAACGCUGUUGCUGUAACGCCUCGGAGCGAUGGAUACUGGAAAGAGAAUUUAACGAAGCAUGUCUUGGAGUUCGCUCUCUAAUCAUCGCGGAUGAUUCUAUGUACAGAAAACGAAUCGCCGCCUUGGCCAAGGCUGCAGUGUUCUCUCCGGGCCGGGUAUUUUCCACAUUCGAUCGAGGUCUCGACCACGAUGAUAACGACAGCAAGAACAAAAUAGAAAGCAUUUUGUUGCUGCUGAAAGACGCAAGAGCCGUUCCCCCUGGGUCGAUGACACCGGAGCAAAUCACGGAGGCCGAAGACGCUCUGGAAUACUGGGUAUCCGCUUCUGCGUCUCUUCCACGGCGACGCAAACGAAAGCAAAAGCACAUCAAUCGUAGUAAUGAUGACAAGCACAGGAAGGAAUACAAAAAUUGUUUCGAGAACGCAAAGUUUCUUCUCUUGCGGCUGGCGCAGGAACAAAGGUUUCACGAAGAACACUUCGACGACAGAGCGAACACAAACACAGAUACGCCGCAUGGAAUGAGUGGACAAGUCCUGUUGCGAAGCGAUUCCGCGAACGCCAAUGACAGAGGUGACGACAAAAAUGUUCYUGCACACCAGUACGACGGCAACAAUCCGACCAACUGCAGGGAUGAUUGCUACGUCGUGCGGCCAUUUUUGAUCAACCGAGUGGUGGAUUGCUGGCGUAUUGGUUGGAGGGACGAACGACUUGAUUUUACGCCUCACGAAAUUAUGGAAUGGGUCGAAAACAAAGACCUAGAUAUCGACAAUCGAACUUUCACCAUGAUCAUCGAUGGCAUUUGCCUCCGGGGAGAUGCCUACGAGGCACCAUUGCUUGCACAGUGGUUGCUGGACAGACGGUUGGGCCAGGCGUACGAAGACGADGACGAUGCCACGUUGCGACCGGAUACCAUCUUUUUCACAAACGUGAUCCGCGCCUGGGCCAAGAGCGGUAGGGUCGAGGCACCAGAGAUGGCGGACGGGCUCCUAGAGAUGAUGCACGACUUGUAUGCAAAGAGCGGAUGGAUAGAAUCGGCCCCCAAUGCCUUUAGCUAUUCAGCAACCAUGGAAGCCUGGUCCAAAAACCGGCGCCAUCCAGAAUCCACCGCGCGGAUCGAGGAACUAUUAGACGAAAUGAAAAACUCGAGUCUGGUCCAGGUCGUACCGGAUCGGGUAUCUUAUCAGUACUUGCUCAAUGCCUGGGCGAACUCGAAAUCGGGAAACGGAGCACAGAAGGCUUAUUACGUAUUGCAAGAAAUGAUUGCUCUGUACGAAGCCGGAAAUUACCUUGUUUCUCCGAAUGCGUCCAACUUUGCGCGCGUCAUCUUAGCGUUGGCUCAUAGCGGCAACGACGAACAGGCAGAAUCAUUGCUGGAACAGCUUCAGGAUCUGUAUAGCAAGACGGGCGACCCAAUCUUCCGACCAACGGAUGAAUGCUGGAAAGCAUGCAUCAUAGCGAAGGCCAAAACAGGCGGAGUUGCAGAGGCACAGGGAAUGCUGGACGAGCUCAUCAAACGUGCCCUUUCGAGCAACAACGAGAAGCUGAUGCCGCGUCGAAGUUACUUCGUCGACACUAUGGUAGCUUGGACCAAGAUCAAGGAUCGGGUUCUGGCUGCAAAACGGGCCCAAAGUGUGCUGGAUCGCAUGAGGGAACUAGCGCGCGAAGACGAGUCGUAUCGUAGUCUCCAGCCGGAUGCGAAAUCCUUUGAAUUGGUGAUACUCGCUUGGUCGCGCUCGAGACACCGUUUCGCACCCGAGUGCAUCGAAAAAUUGUUGGGGGAUAUGGAGCGACAGGUCGACCUCGGAAAUCACGAAAUGCAAACAAGCCUAGCUGGAUACACAAAUCUCAUGCUGGCAUGGCAAAGGAGCGGGCGUAAGGAAUCUCUGGAUUCAAUUCAACGUGUUUUUGACCAACUGCAGAAUCGAUACGCUACUAAUGGCGAACAUCAUCUUCGUCCCGACAAGUAUGUCUUUGGCAUAUUGAUUGAUUCCUGGGCUCGCGGAAGAAACUUUGAAAAGGCGGAGUUUGUAUUCAAGGAGAUGAUGAGAGAAUGGAAGAACGGCAAUGAACUCGCCAGGCCAGAUAUUCACAUCUUCCACAAUAUACUAAGGGCCUGCUCCGAAGGAAAUCGGUAUCCUAAUUCUGUAGGAAAAUGUCAACAUUACUUUUCUCUGAUGAAAGAUGUUGGAUUGCCAACGACGGUUGAGGCCUACAGUCACCUCAUCCGUGCCAUGACAAUGGGUAACAACACUGAGAGAAAGGACGAUGUAUGUCGUGAAAGCAUAGUUCUAGAAGAAUUACUGGAAAGUGUCAGAAAAGGAACCACCCGUCUCCCUUCUAAGUACAGGGAGUAUCAGUAUUUCUUGAAAACAAUUGCCAACAGCUCCAUUCCUCGUCGGAACCAACAGGCGAAAAAGAUUCUGGCGACUUCACGUCGUGGGAACAAUCGAAUACCGAAAGAACUCCUGCCUCCUUUGUGAAGGAAGAAAUGUUGCUUUAUCUCGACAAGAUGGAACCCGCCCACUGUGAGAGAUGAUUGAAAUGCCAAGAUUUAUUCUUUGGCCAUUCUCGUUUUUUCAAAACUUAUGAGAUCAUGUGUCAUGCACAGUACUAUGUCCCUUUCUACUAAAGCGGAUGUCUUUCAAGACAAUCAUCGAAUUUUGGUAAACAGAGUGCGGACGGAACAAGAUCUUUUUGAUGACAACAACGUAUGUGUAAUACAUGGUUGAUACGACGCCUAUUGAGAAACAGAGAGGAGGUAAUUCUUUCAUUUUCAUCUUUUCACAUGUCAAUUUUGAUCUUCAUGGAUAGGAUUCGGUGACGAUGGUACUGGUGCAGAGUUUGUGCUAAAAAAAAUACUCUUGCCUACCUAUCUACAACUGCCUUUGCUAAGUGGUUUAGAGGUUAGAGGUGCKUUCAUAAUGGAUAGUGCGCGUUCCUCCAAAAGAAAUUGGAAUUUCGAAUUUCUGAAAAAAUGUAACAUUUCAGA